UGUAUUACUACUGAAAGCAAAACAUUAAAUGUAAAUAAAUAGAAAUGACUUCAGUUUUGAGCACAAAAUACCAUCAUUUGAUCCACAGAUGGAUGUCUUUAAGUCGACGAAUGGUUUCAAACAAAACUCAUUUCGGUUUCGAAAGCGUUUCGGCGGAAGAAAAGUCGACAAAAGUGAAUCAAGUGUUCACUUCUGUGGCCAACAGUUAUGAUCUGAUGAAUGAUGUCAUGAGUUUAGGUAUUCAUCGGUAUUGGAAACGAGAGUUUAUCACACGAUUGGAUCCAUUGAAGGGAACCGUUCUGUUGGACAUGUGUGGCGGCACUGGAGAUAUCGCCCAUCAGUUCAUCACUCAUAUGAGGGACACGUUUCCCGACGACAAGCUUUUCAAAGUCAUUGUCUGUGAUAUCAAUGAAGAGAUGCUGAAAGUGGGCCAAAACAGAGCCCGAGAGGAGUGGUCUGGGAGUGACUGUCAGCGCAUUGAAUGGGUUUUAGGCGAUGCCAUGAGUUUGCCGUUUGAAGACAACUCUUUCGAUGCGUUUACCGUUGCGUUUGGUCUCCGAAAUGUUGUGCACAUCGAGAAGGCCUUAUCAGAGGCGCAUCGGGUCCUCAAACCGGGCGCUAUAUUCUCGUGCCUCGAGUUCUCUCAACUCCAGAACCCAUUGUUUGCCAAAUUCUAUGACUUUUAUUCAUUCGAAAUGAUUCCAGUUUUCGGCGAAAUAGUGGCCAAAGACUGGAAGUCUUAUCAAUAUUUAGUGGAAAGCAUUCGUCAAUUUCCCGAUCAAAACGAGUUUAAAUCAAUGAUAGAAAGCGCGGGCUUUCGGUUCGUUGACUACACAAACCUUUUGCGAGGAAUCGCUUCCAUUCACACCGGCUUUAAGAAUGAUUGUUAACAUGUCUUCGCAUUAAGUCAUUUCAUAUAAUAAA